AUGUCUGAAAAUAAACGGUCAUUCAUUUCGCAAUUAAAUAUCUUUAAUAAAGAUAACUAUUCAAUCCAAGAAGCCUACGACCAGGAUUGUGCUAAAACUGGCAAUUUCUCCGAUAACGAUGAUUUGCACUCCACUUCUUCCUCCAUUGAAGCUGGUCAACAAGUCAUGACUGAAAUGGAUCAAGGUAAGAAGAAUCUUGGUUUGUUUUCGUGUAUCGGUUUAAUUUGUAAUAGAAUGUUGGGGACUGGGGUUUUCGCCGUGUCUUCUACUAUUUAUACCUUAUGUGGUUCCGUCGGUCUUUCUUUAAUCAUGUGGGCCAUCGGUGCCAUUAUUUCUAUCUGUGGUCUUUAUGUUUAUAUGGAAUUUGGUACUGCUAUUCCUAAAAAUGGUGGUGAAAAAAACUAUUUGGAAGCCAUCUUUAGAAAACCAAAAUUCUUUAUCACAUGUAUGUAUGCGGCCUAUAUUUUUUUCUUAGGUUGGGCUGCUGGUAAUUCUGUUAAUACUGCAGUCAUGUUCUUGACUGCAGCUGAUGUAGAAGUCACUAGAUGGAAACAGAAUGGGUUAGCUGUAGCAGUCAUUGGUUUCUGUUUCAUCGUUAACUCUAUUAAUGUUAAGCUAGGUAUUUAUAUCCAAAACGUAUUGGGUAUCUUUAAAGUCUUCAUCGUUUGUUUCAUUUCUGUUAUUGGUUGGGUGGCUCUAGGUGGUGGUUUAAAGAAUGGUUAUAAGACUGAUAAUUUCCAUAAUGCAUUCGAAGGUACACAAAAUGCUAGUGCUUACGGUGUCGUUAAUGCCCUUUAUAAUGUUAUCUGGUCAUUUGUUGGUUAUUCAAACGUGAACUACGCUUUAGGUGAAGUGAAAAAUCCUGUUCGUACUUUAAGAAUCGCUGGUCCAAGUGCCAUGGUCUUUGUGGCUAUUAUUUAUAUCUUUGUUAAUAUUGCUUAUUUUGCUGUUGUUCCAAAGGAAACUUUAAUUUCUUCUAAAUUAGUUUUAGCUGCUGAUUUCUUAGAUAUCGUAUUUGGUAAGAGUGGUAGAACAGCCGCCGCUGUUUUUGUUGGGUUAAGUGCUUUGGGUAAUGUCAUGUCUGUUAUUUUCUCCCAAGGUCGUAUUAUUCAACAAUUAGGUCGUGAAGGUAUUUUACCAUUCCCAAACUUCUUUGCCACAUCAAAGCCUUUUAAUUCCCCUAUGGUUGGUCUAUUCCAACAUUUCAUUGUUUGUUUAAUUACAAUCAUUGCUCCACCUCCAGGUGAUGCUUAUAACUUUAUUAUGAAUUUGAUCUCUUACCCAAUGAAUAUUAUUAACUUUUGUGUUUCUGGUGGUUUAAUUUAUUUGCAUUGGCAACAUAAGAAGGGUAAUAUUGAAUGGAAUCCACCAAUUAAAGCUGGUAUGCCAGUCAUUGUCUUCUUCACAUUAUGUAAUGUUUACUUGAUUGUUGCUCCUUAUGUUCCACCUACAAACGGAGAAUCUGUUUACAACAGCUUACCUUAUUGGAUUCAUUGUGUGGUUGCUUGGCUAAUUUUCUUAAUCGGUGCCAUCUAUUGGGCUGUCAUGUUUAGAUUAAUCCCAAGAAUCCGUGGUUAUAAAUUGGAUACAAAGGACGUUCUUGGGGAAGAUGGGUUUUGGAGAAAACAAAUUAUUAAAGUUCCAAAAGAUAAGAAAGAUGAUGGUGAUUCAAAUUCUCAAUUCGAUAUCAAUGACAAAAAUAGUGUAGAAGCUCUAGAGAUGACUUCUAAUUUGGGAAUGGUUACAACAGGUUAUGUUAAUGGUGAUGAUAGUAUCUCUUCAAAGAAGGAUUCGGGUGUUGUUGAAAUUGCUACUGAGCUAGGUACUUCAAGAGGUAUUGGUUCCAGCAGCAGUAGCCAGGAAGGUUAUAAUAAUAAUCAUAAUGAUGACAAAGAUCCGCAUAUAAUCGAAUCAACAACCAGAUAUUAA